GCCGCGGGACGCCGGAGCUGGGCCCUCCGCGGGGGGCUGCUGUUCACCGCCUCGCUCCCCGCCUGCUUUCUCCGCGCUCAGGCCUGGGGAGGGGUGUUACCCCCCUGCCGGGGCUCCUCGCUGCUGGUCCCUGCUCUUGCUACCGCUGCGGGGGGCCGCUGGUCACCCCUGCGGGGCGUGCGGCGUUUGAGGUGGAGGGUCCGGUCCGUCCUUCCCCCGGCAGUGUCCCCGAAGACCGUGCCCUGUCUCUCCCCCAUCUCCCCGAGGGCUGUGUUUUCUCGUUCCGAAGGACGGGGCAGGUUUGAGCCCUCCCCGCGGGUCGCGCACACGCUGCACUGCAGGAUCGCAUGACUUGUAAAAUUACUUAUUUGGGGGCCUGCAGUGGUGUUUGACUGGAUAUUGCUGCCUGGUUCUGAAUGAUGUCAGAACAGGAUUUGGCAGAUGUUGUUCAGAUUGCUGUUGAAGACUUGACUCCAGAUAACCCAGUUGUGUUGGAGAAUCAUGAAGUGACAGAUGAUGAUGUAGAGCCUGCUCUGAAACGUCAGCGUAUAGAAAUUAACUGCCAGGAUCCCUCUAUUAAGUCAUUCCUGUAUUCCAUUAAUCAGACAAUAUGCCUGCGGUUGGAUAGCAUUGAGGCAAAGUUACUGGCACUAGAGGCUACCUGUAAAUCAUUGGAAGAGAAGUUGGAUCUUGUCAUGAACAAACAGCAUAGCCCCAUCCAAGUCCCCAUGGUGGCAGGUUCUCCUCUUGGCGCUACGCAGACGUGCAAUAAAGUACGAUGUGUUGUCCCUCAGACCACAGUAAUACUGAACAACGACCGGCAGAAUUCAAUUGUAGCCAAGAUGGUUGGGCAGGAAGAGCCAUUGAGCAGAACGGCGGAUUCUCUGGAAAAUAUCCUUAGCAAUGCUGUUCCUGGACGUAGGCAGAACACCAUAGUGGUGAAAGUUCCAGGGCAUGACGACAGUCACAAUGAAGACGGAGAGAGUGGCUCUGAGGCCAGUGACUCAGUUUCCAACAGCGGACAAUUAGGAAGCCAAAGUAUUGGGAACAAUGUCACGCUUAUCACGCUGAACUCUGAAGAGGAUUACCCCAAUGGGACAUGGCUCGGAGAUGAAAAUAAUCCCGAGAUGCGGGUCCGUUGCCCCAUCACCCCUGCUGACAUGCUGCACAUCAGCACGAACUGCCGCACAGCCGAGAAGAUGGCACUGACAUUGCUUGAUUAUCUCUUCCAUCGGGAAAUUCAGGCCAUCUCCAACCUUUCGGGCCAGGGCAAGCAUGGGAAGAAGCAACUUGAUCCUCUCAUGAUUUACGGAAUUCGCUGUCACCUAUUUUACAAAUUCGGAAUCACAGAAUCUGACUGGUAUCGAAUCAAGCAAAGCAUAGACUCCAAAUGCCGAACAGCUUGGAGGCGGAAACAGCGAGGGCAGAGUCUUGCCGUUAAAAGCUUUUCAAGGCGAACACCAUCAUCAUCGUCUUACAGUGGUUCAGAGGGUUCGCAGAGUUCAGUUUCAGCUUCUAAUGAGAUCCAGCAGAACCAGCCACAGGCUCUACACUACGCGCUAGCCAAUGCUCAGCAGGUUCAGAUCCACCAAAUAGGAGAAGAUGGACAAGUCCAAGUAGGCCACCUCCACAUAGCCCAGGUUCCUCAAGGCGAGCAAGUCCAAAUCACGCAGGACAGUGAGGGAAACCUGCAGAUACAUCAAGUUCAUGUGGGUCAAGAUGGACAGGUGUUGCAGGGUGCUCAGCUGAUAGCUGUUGCUUCUGCUGAGCCUGCGUCAGGGAGUGUUGACGGAUCCCCGCUCCAGGGGAGCGAUAUCCAAGUGCAGUAUGUGCAGCUGACACCGGUGACAGACCACUCCGCGGCUAAUCAAGGCACUGAUACCCUUCAAUCAGCAAUCCAACCAGAAAUGCAGAUAGAACACGGAGCGAUCCAAAUUCAAUAAGAGAAUUGUGAAAAGCUGCGUCAACCACGAUGCCGGCGAAGCGCAGUCAGAAGCCAAGCGCCGCGGUCUUCGUGCAACAACAGGAGAAGGGAAAUGCCUGUUAGACUAAUGGUCACACCUCAAACAUCUCCUGCAAAUAGAGUUCUGAUGAUCUGGUUGUCCUCGCCUGGAAUAAAUCAGACCCAUUUUAUUAAAGCGGAGCUACAUCGCUACAUCAGUUGAGGAUCUGGCCUUCAGAAAACAAAAAUAAAAAUGGCCUGCCCUUAGGUACACUUAAAGAGAAAAAAUUCUUUCACAAAGAGGGAAGGAAAUCUAAUGAAUCAAACCCGUGAGACUAAAUUAAUGUUUCAUCCUGUUCAUUUCUUCUGUGAAAUAUGCCAUUUGAAUGUCUGCAGAUAUCUUAGGAAGUGUAUUGCUGCUUUGCAAUACUUGCUUUACCACAUAUAGAAGAUCAAGAGCUCAAAUAUUUUUCACUGUUUAAACAGCUUUUUUUUAUUUGCUAUGGUGUUUAUAACAAAAAUGGAAAAUAUUUAAAAAAAGAAAAAUCCCAUAACUGCAAGUAUUAGCCUUUUGCUGGUGUUUUCUGUUCAGUGUAAUGAAAACUGUAUUUGCAGAAGACUAACAAUUUUGUUUGUACUGUUGCUUAACUACUUUUCUAGGGGAAAAUGCUUUUAAAUGCUGUAAUUAUGCAUUUCUAAUGAAAAAUAAAUGUGUAUUUAUGAAUAGUGCAGCUCUAAGUUGCUCUCUGCCUUAGGAAUGAGUACGGUUUGACUGGACUGUGCUGUAAGAGCGUAGUUCGGGAGUAUUUGAAGUCAGAUGCUGUCUGGCCAGCUCUGCUGUCAAACUGAGAAGGAAGACUAAGUCUGUAAGGAAGAUUUCAAUCUUAGAUCAUGUUAUUAUCUGAACUUCCAGGGCAAGAAAAAUACCAUAGUGAAAUUUUUGAGUCUGCAAAUCCUGUUUUAUACAAAGAAUUUAUGAAUUCAUUUUUUUAAAAAUGUGAACGAUUCUUCUGAGCGCUCUCCUUUUUAGUUCCUCCUGCCUCCUUUGUCCAGCCGUUUGUGGGAUUCAGCCAUAAAAAGCUGGGCUGCAAAAGUCCGAUACCUGUCUUGUUACCCAACUUGCAACGGAAGGUGAAAUCCUCUCUCCACUGAAACUUAGGGGAAGUUUGAUACCGAUUGCAAGAAAGCUACAUUUUCCUAUUUGCUAAGCUUGAGUGGAAGAGAUACAUGUUUGCUAUAACCUGAUUAUCUUAAUGGUGCGCGUUUUAGAAAAAUAUAGAGUUUACUGGGGGAGAUGUUGCUUUGUAUUUGUUUUUCAGCUGAGUUGCUCUAUGGUUAUUGUCAAUAUAUGGCUCAUAAUGCGUUUAAUGUAUUAAUGAAUGGGACAUAGCCACAAAUUCUACAGGAUUGAAUUCUGGAUAACUUUUUUUUUUUUUUUUUAAUGAAAGGAAGGGUUAAGCAGGCCCAAUUUCUGGGAAUGUUGUCCCUGGUAAGUAUUACGCUUUAUGUGAAUUCCUACUUCUCUUUAGGAUAUUUCUUGACGCACAAGUACAAUUCAAACUGAACCACAGCUUAUUGAAUACAAUGUUUGCAACAGGCCAAGAAUUUGGCUACUCUUCAGUUUCUUUUUUAAUACCGUUUCUCAGACUGGAUGAUGUUUGAAGAGCUUGGCAUCUAAAUAGAAGCCUAAAAAUAAAGCAAGGCCUGUACAUUUUA